UAUCUGCGUGUACUUCUAGGUCACCGCCUGCUGCUGCUGCUAGAGGAAGCACAGGGAGGGGCGGAAGUUGUCUGUGUUGCCAGUCCUGCAGGUGACCCAGAUCAAUUUGUGUGAUCGGAUAAUGCUAAUAUAUUGAGAAAAGUACUGUGUUGAUCAUCUAAUUGACUGGAUGGACACCGACAGCAGUCACAGGACUGGAAGGAUAUUACAUCUCACCGUGGAGAUCAUCUACCUGCUGACUGGGGAGGAGUAUAUUGUAGUGAAAAAGACACCCAGCAGCCAUCCUUGUGCAUUAGGAGGACAGAGACGGAACCAAUGCCCCAUCCUGGUGCCUCCACCUCCCUCACUGAUACAUGAGAGGCACAAUGACCAGAAGAUCCUGGAACUCGCCAGCAAGAUCAUUCAGCUGCUGACUGGAGAGGUUCCUAUAAGGUGUGAGGAUGUCACUGUCUAUUUCUCCAUGGAGGAGUGGGAGUAUAUAGAGGAACACAGGGGUCUGUACAAGGACGUGAUGAUGGAGAAUCACCGGCCCCUCACAUCACUGGAUGGGGCCAGUAACAGAAAUACCCCAGAGAGAUGUCCCCGUCCUCUGUAUUCCCAGGACCGUACAGAGGAGAAUCACAGUGUCACACAGGAUUUGAAGCGUGAUCUACCAGACAGUGAUGGUGGAGAAGAGAUGUAUGUGAUGGAUGAUCAGCAAUAUAAGGAGGAGGAAAUCCCUACAGAUAUCAGCACAGUUGAUAGACCCAUGAACAACUCUGAGGAACAUCCAAUUGUCUAUCUAGAUUGUGAGAUAGAAAAUAACAUCGUUACGCAAGAAGCUACAGAUGAAAACCCCAUUACCCUGUAUAUGCAUCCAGCACCUCACAAUGCAGAACUAUUGUCUCAUCCCUCUACACGUGAGAGGUGUUCUCUUGAUAAAUCAGAUAGUACAGCUCCCAAAGGCGGUGAAAUAUUCUCGUGUACUGAAUCCAAUAAACAUUUUGUCCAGAGAGCAAAACUUUCCACACACAUGCGAAACCACACAGAUGAGAAGUCGUUUUCGUGUACCGUUUGCGGAAAAUGUUGCACACGGAAAAUGGAUCUAAUAAAACAUGAGAGAAUUCACACGGGUGAGAAGCCGUUUCCCUGUUCUCACUGCGGGAAAUGUUUUACCCAGAACUCAAAUCUUAUUGAGCAUCAGAAGACUCACACGGGAGAGAAGCCCUUUUCCUGUCUCGUUUGUGGGAAGCGCUGCACGCGGAAAACGGGCCUCGUCAAACAUCAGCGAAUCCACACGGGUGAGAAGCCCUUUCCGUGUUCCGAGUGUGGGAAGAGUUUUAAACACAGAACGGCUCUUGUCGUGCACCAGAAAAUUCACACCGGCGAGAAGCCGUACCCAUGCUCCGAGUGUGGGAAACGCUUUAGAGAGAAAGGGGAUCUUGUUAAACACCAGAGAACUCACACGGGCGAAAAACCAUUUCCUUGUUCCGAGUGUGGGAAAUGUUUUACGUUAAAGUCAACUCUUGUUAAACAUUUCAGAAUCCACACAGGCGAGAAGCCGUUUUCGUGUUCCGACUGUGGCAAAUGUUGCUCGAGGAAAUCCGAUCUGGUUAUUCAUCGGAGAACUCACAACGACAAGAAGCCGUUUUCAUGUUCUGAAUGUGCCAAAUGUUUUAGAGAGAGAGCGGAUCUUCUAAAACAUCACAGGAGUCACACCGGCAAGAUGCCUUACCCGUGUUCUGAGUGUGGGAAAUGUUUUUCCGUAAAAUCGUCUCUUAUUAACCAUCAGAGAAUUCACAGAGGAGAGAAGCUGUUUCCAUGUUCCGCGUGCGGACAAUGUUUUAGAGAGAAGACCGAUCUUGGGAAACAUCAGCUAAUUCACACGGGCGAGAAGCUGUUUCCAUGUUCCCAGUGCGGGAAAUGUUUUCCAUUAAAAUCAAUGCUCGUUAAACAUUUCCAAACUCACAAUGGUGAGAAGCCACUGUCAUACUUGGAGUGUGGGGAAUGUGCCAUGCAGAUAUCAAAUCUUGCUGAACAUGAGAAAUCUCACACAAGUUUACGCGGGUGAAAGUCUCUUGCUGUCUCUAAACGUAAAGGGUUUUAUUCAGAGAUCACAUAUUAAGACAUAACACUGUAAUAUGUGGGCGGGAGAUUCUCUAUGCCUUACACAGGCUCUCACUUCUCCCAGUUAAUUUUUCAAAAAAUAAAAAUGCAAGUGGCACCCGUCUA